AAAACAGUGAAUCUUUUAACUGGGUAUCCCCGUGCAUAACUUUCCCUUUGAGGUCCCUAAUGUGCCAUCUGUUUAUGCCUGAGCAAGCUGACACAGUUCAUGAUAUGCGGGGCUGCUGGAAUUUGUGUACACGUGGUCAUCGCGCCGCAACUUGGGGAAAACCCCAAACCAUUUCUCCUUAUCGGCCCCUUCACAACAGUGGGCUAAACCCGCCACACGCAAACGACAAAUGAGACACACAAUGCAUCAUUUAAAUUGCCUUAAGUUUUCAACUCGCCAUCAUUUCAAAAGCGUAAUAUUCCACCAGCAUAUUUCCAAAAGAAAAAUUAGUGACACGUGUGAAAGUAAAAUAAUCACACUUACCAAAAGUAAAGAGUAUGACCAUUUGAAAAUUUACAGGAGUAAUAUUUACAAUGGCUUAUACGAGAAUCAAAUUUUACAAGGAGUCAAAGUACACAGAGUCGACCCUGAGGGGUACGGAGAAAUAGCGAUAUACUCAGCAAGGCAACACUUUUUGUUUUUCUUAAAAUUCUUUUUAUUAAUUCCAGACGAGCAAGUCAAUUUAAAAGUUCUGGACAUAAAUAAAAAGAAAAAAAAAACAACCUUCCAAGUGCUAUGCAAAACGAGAAAGAGCAAAUACGAAAUUGUGCCCCGGUGUGAAUACUUUUCCAAAUGUGGGGGGUGUAUAUAUCAACAUAUCGACUACAAAUUUGAACGGAAAUUAAAAAAAAAUCUCUUGAUUAGUUUGUGUGAAAAGUAUAACAUAAAUGUGUUAGCUAGUGGAAAAGAUUACCUACAAAAUGAUCACUACUUUUGUGAGGAGGAUCAACAGGAUGAGGAAGACCAGCUCGAGAUUUCCCAAAUAAAGAGGGAGUAUACAUCUUCCGACUUGGAAGAGGAAGACAGAGCUGCUCAAACGAAUAGUAGAAGUGGCAGUUGCACCACUCGGGGCCGCAACCCUGAUCAAGCAAGCUCCAUACCGAGUCACGAAAGCAGCCGCGAACAUGGGGACAGCCCUAAGGCUAAGCGUGCGAACUGCGCAAGGAUGUACGAUUUUUUAUUUUCAAACGAUUACCAUUACAGAAAUAAAUCCUCCAUAAACUUAUCCGUAACUGACAGUUUAUCAAUCGGCUUCUACAAAAGGCGCAGCUACGAAAUUUGUGACGUAGACAAAUGUCACAUUCACGAUGAACAUAUACAAAAUGUGUAUGAACAAAUUAAAAAGGAAAUAUUAGACAAUUUUAAAAAAAAUUAUAUUUACGUAUUUAACAAAAUAAAUAACAGUGGCUACCUAAAAAGUGUAGACAUAAAACUGAGCAAGCACAACUCUGAGCACCAAAUUUUAGUGAGCUUUAUUGGCUUUUCGCUAAAUGACAAGGCAAAAAAAGCUCUCACAAAAAUUUCCCUCCACUUAGCCUCUAAAAAUACAUCCAUUAAAGGCAUCCUAUACAACGUCGAAACGAAUAAAUUAAAACAAAACAGAAAUCAAGUCAUUUUAUACGGCCAAAAUUACAUCUAUCAUUCCUGUGGGGGGUAUACCUAUAAAUUAGGAGCCAACACCUUUUUCCAGCCAAAUCAGCACCUAAACGAAUGCAUCGUACAGAUCAUUCUUAAAUUAGUGAAGAGUUACAAAAUAAAUGCCAAACAAUCUUGCGUGUAUGACCUUUUCUGUGGGAUUGGUUUUUAUUCCCUCCCUCUUUCUGACCUAUUCGGCCAAGUUAUCAGUAUAGAUUACUCCAUAGAUAAUAUAAAAAACUUAGAAGAAAACGUAAAAAUGAAUAACGUGAAAAACGUAAAAUGCUUCAAUUUGAAUUUGUUUAACCUGCACAGUUUGAGGCAAAUCAACCUUCACAUCAGGAGGUACAUUGUCAAUUUGGUCAAACAGAAAAAUUAUGACGUGUAUUACCUCUUGAAGGAGAAGCUUCAUUCCACGUACGUAUCAGCAGACAGUGAAGGGGCCCUUGUGGAGAACUUGCAGGUUAUAGGAGCAUUGGGGGGGAAGGGCUGUAGCUGCGCCCGAGGCUGUUUUCGAGGCUGCAUUCGAGGCUGUCUUCGAGACUGCGAUCGAGGCUGUUUUCAAGCCUGUGUUGUGUCCGUGUGUCUACCUAUGGUCGUUCACUCCCCUUAUAGCAGCUUGCCAAAUUUCAUUUAUGAACAUUUAAACGAAUGGCCCUCCAAAGAGGCGAACGGAAAUGUAUGCAACAGUUUGGCCAAAAAUGGCCACACAGAUUAUGAUGACCAUGUUUUGCAAAAUGCACAGGAUGGAAAAUUUCCGACGGUGGAUUCGAACAAAGUAGACGAAGAUUCCUACUCGUCUAGAGAAUUUGUCAUUCCAGUCCCCGACUUAGUGAUCAUUAACCCUCCGCGGAAGGGGUGCGAAAAAGUAUUCAGAAGAUGGCUACGGGGGCUCUGCUGUCGGUACAUCAUCUACAUAUCAUGCAAUGCGAACAGCCAGUUUCGGGACAUCAACCAUUUGACCAACUUGGGGUAG